CCAAUGACAAUGCUGAGACAUCACUUCCGAUGUGCAGUCCCUUUUCCAUUUUCGCUAGCAGCUGAGCAGUGUGGAUAAAUUCCAGCCAGAUCUAUUUUACUUAGAUAGUCGUCCAAAAACAGACUGACAUCAAGAUGCCUCCAAAGAAGGGAGGAGAGGGACCAAAACAACCUCCACUGAUUGGACGCUUCGGUACCUCGUUGAAAAUUGGGAUAGUGGGAUUGCCAAACGUUGGCAAGUCAACUUUCUUCAAUGUGCUGACCAAGAGCCAAGCGGCCGCAGAGAACUUUCCGUUCUGCACAAUCGACCCCAACGAGAGCAGAGUGCCCAUCCCAGACGAACGCUACAACUACCUCUGCGACUUCCACAAGCCCCUCAGUAAAGUACCCGCGUUUCUGAAUGUGGUGGACAUAGCUGGGCUGGUGAAAGGAGCUCACGCUGGCCAAGGACUGGGCAACGCCUUCCUGUCUCACAUCAGUGCCUGUGACGGUAUCUUCCACAUGACACGUGCAUUUGAAGAUGAGGACAUCAUCCAUGUGGAGGGUAAUGUGGACCCGGUGAGGGACAUUGAGAUCAUCCACGAGGAGCUACGGUUGAAGGAUGAGGAGUCCCUUGGACCAAUCAUAGAUAAGUUGGAGAAGACCGCCGUAAGAGGAGGCGACAAAAAACUCAAGCCUGAAUAUGACAUCAUGUUGAAGAUAAAGAACUGGAUUGCUGAUGAGAAGAAACAUGUCCGCUUCUACAAUGACUGGAACGAGAAGGAGAUUGAUGUGCUGAACAAAUAUCUGUUCCUCACAUCCAAGCCCAUGAUCUACCUGGUCAACCUGUCAGAGAGGGACUACAUAAGGAAAAAGAACAAGUGGCUGAUCAAGAUCAAGGAAUGGGUUGAUGCCCAUGACCCAGGAGCUAUAGUCAUACCAGUCAGUGGCGGUCUGGAGGCCAAACUUCAGGACAUGACUGACGAGGAGAAGAGCAAAUACUGUGAGGAGGCGAAGACUCAGAGUGUCCUCACUAAGAUCAUUAAGGCUGGCUAUGCAGCUCUGCAGCUGGAAUAUUUCUUCACAGCAGGGCCAGAUGAAGUUCGAGCUUGGACCAUCAGGAAAGGCACGAAGGCUCCUCAGGCCGCAGGGAAGAUCCACACUGACUUUGAGAAAGGUUUCAUCAUGGCAGAGGUCAUGAAAUUCCAGGACUUCAAAGAGGAGGGCACUGAGAAUGCAGUGAAGGCUGCUGGGAAGUACAGGCAACAGGGCAGGAACUACAUUGUGGAGGAUGGAGACAUUAUCUUUUUCAAAUUCAACACACCUAAUGCACCCAAGGCAAAGAAGUGAUUGGACCAACUCACCAUGCAAUAUGCUAUGAAAGUCCCGCCUCCUGGUUCCUAGACUUGUAGGCUGAGAAUGAUCCUCAAAUGUACACCGCCAGUCAAAAAAAACGUGGUAACUAAAUGUAUAGUAAAUUGUGUGCGUUUCACAGUGAAUUUUCUUAUAUGGCAGUUUUGAACAUUAUUUGACGGCCAAAACGAGGCAAAAUGCAGAAAGGUUUCUUCUGUUUUCAUUAAAACUAUACUCAGAACUACAAUUCCUGCUAAGUGUAUGUUUAUCGUUUGACAGUCACCAGUCUAUAAAAUAACUUUGUUUUGCAUUUUCAGAAAAAGCUGAAAACAUUUAGCAAAAGGUUGAGUAUAAUUGAUAUGAAAUUGGAUUAUACUGACAAAUGUAAUUUAUGUUUCAUGAAUAUCUUGAAGCCUAUUUAAAGAUUGUACAGAAUGACAGUGGGCAGACUUUCAGAGGGUUUAAUAUGGGUUCUUGGGUCCUGUUCCACCUUGUCCCCCUUUCCCUGUAAUGUUUUAUAUAUGGGAGAAUGGAAUUAGAAUGAGUGAUUUAUUAAUCUGUAUGGGGGGAUAAAAUCAUGUGCACAUGGCAACCCUUCAGGUCAGUAAAAGCUUCCUGAAAAGUUUCCUGGUUAGGUUAUUUUGUGUGGAAAAACCUGGCCCUAGUUAGGUCUUAUCCACACAAUCAGCAUGGGUGUCCUUGUUUUUGGCUUGGUAUUCUGACUUAAUGCUUCACCCACCCAUACACCUAUUCUUACAGACAUCUCAAACAACGCAUUGCUGCGACAUUGUAAGAGAACAAUAUAAAUCCGUUUCUGAUAAUCCUGUUCAUGUCAAUAUAUAAAUAAAUUACAUGUAUCAUA